UGACGUGCCAACCAUAUGGCACUGGCAGCAGAGCUGGUACCCCCUUUGCUGGGUAGAGAUGCCACUCUCGCCUCCUUUUGGAUAGAGGACUGCAGGAGGCUGGAGCACCUCAAGGAGCCGCGUCCCGGUCCCAGAAGAUGCUGGGAACAAUGAAAUAAGAAUUCCUCCGGUCCGCCCGAAGCCACCAUGUUGACGCGACUUUUCAGCGAGCCCAGCCUGGUGCCCGAAGUCCCGAAAUUCGGCGGUUGGGCCGAGGAGUGCGAGGAGGAGGAUGCCCGCAGCGAGAAGGAGGAGCGGGCGGGGAAGGGCUGCCCCCUCCCCGAGGAGCCGCCCGAGGGUUCGCUGGGGGAGAGCAAGGAGGAAGGGGAGUUAGGCGGAGACGAGGAGGAGGAGGAGGAGGAGGAGGAAGGCUUGGAGGAGGCGGAGGGCGAGCGGCCCAAGAAGCGCGGCCCCAAAAAGCGCAAGAUGACCAAGGCGCGGCUGGAGCGCUCCAAGCUGCGGCGGCAGAAGGCGAACGCCCGGGAGAGGAACCGCAUGCACGACCUGAACGCGGCCCUGGACAACCUGCGGAAGGUGGUUCCCUGCUAUUCCAAAACGCAAAAGCUCUCCAAAAUCGAAACCCUUCGCUUGGCCAAGAACUACAUCUGGGCUCUCUCCGAGAUCCUGCGCUCGGGCAAACGGCCCGACCUGGUUUCCUACGUGCAGACUCUGUGCAAGGGGCUGUCGCAGCCCACCACCAACCUGGUGGCCGGUUGCCUGCAGCUCAACUCCCGCAAUUUCCUCACGGAGCAGGGUCAGGAGGGUGGUCGUUUCCACGGGCCCAACGCCUCCUUCGCCGUGCACCCCUACCCUUACCCCUGCUCGCGGCUGGCCGCGGCGCAGUGCCCGCCCGCCGCCGGUCCCGGUUCCCACGGGCUGAGGACACACAGCUACUGCGCCUCCGCUUACGAGAGCCUCUACGGCAACGCGUCCCCCGACUACAACAGCUCGGAGUACGACGGUGGGCUCAGCCCCCCCCUCUGCAUCAACGGCAACUUCUCCCUCAAGCAGGACUCUUCUUCCCCCGACCACGAGAAAAGCUAUCACUACUCUAUGCACUACUCGGCGCUGCCCGGUUCCCGCCCCGCCGGUCACAACCUGGUCUUCGGUUCGGCGGGGAUGCGCGGGGGGGUCCACUCCGAGAACAUCUUCCCCUACGACAUGCACCUCCCGCACGAGCGGGGCCCCAUGUACGAGGAGCUCAACGCCUUCUUCCACAACUGACCCCCCCCCAACACACACACACACCCCCCUUCCCCCUCCGAAUCCCCCCCCCCCCCGCCCCGUCCCUCCUCCUCCACCUUCCCCGCCCGGCCGCCCCCCAUCCCCGAGGUGGGGGACGGAGGGAUGGGACGGACGGCGCGGGAGGCGGCGGGGGGGGGCACGGGACGGGACGGGACGGGACGGGACGAGACGGGACGGGACGGGACGGGACACCCGCGGCGGCCCCGCGGCCCGGCCCCCGGGGCUCCGCCCUGGGCUUUGGUGCAAUAUGGGGACCCGGCCCCGGCGGCGGGUCCCCGCGCCCCGUGGGGACAAAGUGCUUUUUUGGGAGGAUUUCCCCUUUUCCUUCAAUUAUUAUUAUUAUUUCCUUUGUUAAUUUAUUAUUAUUAUUAUUAUUAUUAUUAAUUAUUUCCGCCCCCGGAGCCCGGCCUGGCCCGCUGAGUCGAGCCGCAUCGUUUUCCUUUUUAAUUCGUUUUAAUUUAUUUUUACAUAAUAUUUUUCCCCCCUCCCCCCCCAUUUUGAACCGUUUCUCCCCUCCACCGCCGUGACCCCCCCACCCACCCCACACCCCCACAACCCCCCCCCCCCGGCAUUGGACACCCGCUGCCCCGGCCCGUGGGAGCGAGAGGAGCCCGCGCUGCGGCGCGGAGCGAAACUUUCCGAAGCAAUAAAGAGGCGAAGGGAGGAACCCACAUUUCUAUCUAUGCAAGCAGGCCCGGCCCGGCGGACGCUCAGAGAUGCACUUUGCUUUGGGGGGGCCCCGGCCCCGCUCCCGGCCCCGGGAGCUCCUCUCGCAGCGCGUGUGUCAGGACGUUUUUUACCUGUUUUAAAAACUUGAAACGGAAAAAAAAAAAAAAGGAGAACAACAACAAAAAAGUGAUAAUAAUAAUUUCAAAAAAAAACAAAAACAAAAACAAAAAAAACCAACCCAACCCCGCGGAGCCGCCCCGGUUUUCCCGAGCUGGCGGAGCCGGGGCCGGGCGCGGCAGGGCAGCCCGCAGCUAUGCAAGCGGGGCUCCGGGGGGGCCUGGCGGGGCUGCGCCCCCCCCGCGGCGCCCGGGCCCGGCCCGUGUGUCUUCGCUCCGGUUUGCCGCAUUCCUUCGGUCGGGAGACGCCGUAAAGCCGAGAUAACGCUCUUUUUUUUUUUUUCUUUUUUUUUUUUUUUUUGGAACCUGCCCGCACCACCUUCGAGAAACCAGCAUUUUUAGAGACCAGGGAGGAGGAGGAUGAUUUCUGAGAAACGUUUUCAAAACGAAAAAAAAACAAAACAAAAAAACCAAAAAAAACCAACAAAAAAAAAAGUUUUGCAAAAAAAAAAACCGGGAAAAACAAAAAAAAGAAAAAGAAAAAAAAAACAAACCACAAACCGUUGUAGCAAAGGGGACCCGCCUGUCCGACACCAGAAGUGCUUUCGUGUUUCUGUUCCGUUUCAUUUCGAUUAAUAAAUAUUUAUGGCCAACGAUAUGCAAGAGCCCCCCCCGCGCCGGGAGCCGCUCCCCCGCUCCCCGCUCCCCCCGCUUCCCCGGUCCCCGCCGCCGCGGACAACUGCUUUGGCGGCGGCGGCGGAGCGCGGGGGCGCGGGGCCGGGGGGCCCGGCGAUACUGCAUGCAUCGGCCCCCCCCACCCCCCCAAACCUCCCCGGGGCCCCCCUCCCUCCCCUCCCUCCCCGCCCCCCCCCCUCCCCAGCCCCGGCCCCGCUGGACGCUCGCAGUCCGGUCCCCGCCGGGGCCGUGACGAGCCGCCGCCGGUGCGAUUCGCGGCGAACCUGUAAUUACCGAGCGUCCUUCGACGGCGAUUAAUAAAUAUUCAAUGUUGA